AUAGACUUAAUCACUGACGAUAUCCUAUUCCGUGAGCUCUGAUGAAUUUACGACGCUUCUCUGGAUUCGUUGAAGUCACAUCACAGUUCCUGAUAGCCGCAUAUCGUCAGUCAGUGCCCGGAACUGUAAAACCGUCCCAUCCCACUCCGCGUGUACUGGCAGAUUUACAGUGCACUUCAGCCGCACGAGACAAACAGCAGCAAUUAUCUCGAGGGAAAGAUCGCGCGACACCAAACAUACGGCAAAUCAGGCACGAGAGCUCGGGGAACAAGCGAGCGGAGAUUUCCACGGUCCACAGUAAUUUUUUACACACGGAGACGAAGGAAAACAGAAAGCACUGACAUCUCCAACAAGCCUGGGCUGCAUUGUGUUGUGGAGCUGCGAGGGUUUUUGUGUUGCAGUUGAAGACAUUUAAAGGCGGCACGAGAGGAAUAGCGUUUUUCAUUUUCAUCACCACUUCUAACACAGGUUUAUAUAUAUAGCACGCAAAACGACGCUAUAUAUGAAUAGGACUACCUAUUGAAAAAGGACAUAUCAUUUUGUUACCUCAACAAGUUUUGUAUCGUGCCCUCGCGUGUCUUUUCCCUCAGAAUUAAGGAAGCGUACGUAAAGGCGCUCGCAGGAUCUUGACAAUGUUGACAACAACGCAAAAAACGGAUAUGAAAUAAGCAACAUCUUUACAAUUUAAUCACCUGCGACUGGCAACGCGCAUUUUUGUGUUUCCGCCCCCUUUUUGGACACCGAAAGUGGACGAAAGUCACUUACGCGGAUUCCGUAACGGUUCAACCGGUUAAACGAUCAUUUAUAAACCGUUACUCUCGUCCGACCCUCGUCACUCCUGCAGAUGUGCCCUGGUUCAAUUCUAACCUUUGUGUAGGGUGUUGAUGGAGAGCUUUUCGAAUGACAGCCGGGACAGUGGUCAUCACAGGUGGAAUUCUAGCUACAGUAAUCUUACUGUGUAUUAUUGCUGUACUCUGCUACUGUAGACUGCAGUACUAUUGCUGUAAGAAGGAGGAGUCGGAGUCAGAGGAGGAGGAGCCUGACUUCGCCGUCACGUCUCGCCUGCCGCCGGUCCAUUCCAACCACAACAUCCUGGCGGCGACUGUCCCCAUGGCAAGCGCCCCCAAUGGGCCCGCCCUCUACACGCCGCCACCGCCGGUUCGAAAACUGACCCGCUCGCAGACCUACUGCCCGUCCUGCACACAUUAUGAGCCGUUUUACCUGCAGCAGCCCGAAGGUCUGCGGAACGGUGGCGAACGUAUCAGUUACCGCAGCGUGCAUCAACAAGAUUUGGGGCUACCCACACCGAUACCCACUCAUUUGCAUUCUCCGAUACCCUCCCCGUUGCCCACUCAGCUGCCGACACCUCUACCCAACUACCACAAACUAAACCUCAACCGUUCGGUUACCAUGAGGGGGGUGUUCACGCGAAGCUGCAGCAUUAGCACAGACGUGUAGCUGGACGUCCAAUUGUUUAAACGUUUGACUAACACGGCAGUAGACUCAAAAGUCGAUGUGAUGGUCUACUUUUUGCCGGUGGCCUUUGAGUGUAUUUACAGUAUGACGAAUUCUGCAUUUGUUUGUAACGGGGCACCUGUUGCCCAUGCUGCUAAGGACUGUAAGGGCAAUGGGGUGAGACUGGAGAUUCGGACCCUACCGUCCUCACUCUUUUCCUCUCUUAUUCCAUUGUUGGUGUGGUUUUAGACAUUGCAAAGAAGAGUCAAGGAGAUCACGUCAUGCUCUCCUUACAAUUUUCUGAGGACACGCAUCAAUGACAACGCAGACAUGUGAAAUUCUUGAGUAUGCGGUCUUUAUUGAACCUUUUUUUAAUUGUUCAUGUAGCGUACGUAUAGAAUGGAAUUUUAGCAGAAUAUUUAAAUGAUAAAUUAUAGUUAAUAAACGACAAUUGUUUUUAUUUUAACAAGCCAACAUACAGUACAAAAAGUCCUAAAUGGGUUGCAAUAAAACUGCUGAAUAAAACAGUAAUCUCGACAUCCUAGACGUAUGCUAGGGAUGAGAGGCAUUAUUUUUUACAGACAAAUGUUAUUCAGCACCUCUCUGUGUGCUGUUAUAGAUAUUAAUAGAUGUUUUUUUUCACAGUUUCCAAACUCUCGGUUACGUUUUAGAUGUUUGAAUGAUUUGUUCUGCUUGGUCACAGCAACUUUAAAAGAUCAGAAUUUUGCUUCACCUGCAUUAUAUCAAUCAUAAAACGUUUUAUUAAUUUAAAAGUCUGAAAGUGAACUGAAUACGGGACAGAAAUGUUUGAAUUUCAAGGGCUGCAGAUCUUUCUAGACGUCACUGUUGGAUUUUAAACAGAACAUCAUCUGCCAGAAGGAUUUAUGCGCAUUUUUGCCGUGUUGAUGUGAAAACCGGUGGGACGUUUCAACUUUCCUCUUUUAAAUAAUGACACUGAUGUUUGAAAAUAUUUCCUUCUGUUGUUUCUAGCCUCUUUUGGUUCGACAGUGAUGCUGUUUUCAGGCUGUGUGUAUAUUGACACACACUACAGUCCUACAGGUGAUAUUGACUUCUGUGGUCACCAUGUGAUUGUGUUGUGAUUUCAGAUGUCUAUCUUAGCUUUUCUCUACACAUCACACACACCAUGACCUAUUUAUUCGUCUGUACACACACAUGCACACAUCUCAGUGCCUGUAUUGUUAUGAUUAUUUCAAAACUGUUUUAUUUGCAUCGCUGGUUUAUUACAGUAUAGUUUUGUUUUCAUGUUUUAAAGUGAUGCUGAAAUGUUACUGUAUUGGAUAAAUACAAAUAAGAACACAAUGUGGAAAAUAAACUGGUUGAAAUGAC